CGUUAUGUCAUCUUUUCUGUAAGGUCCUCAAUUUUCAGAGUGCAGGCUGACUGUUAUUUAGAGUAGAGGGAGGUACUUAUACAUGCCUGCCAGGCAGCUUUCUAACUAAAGUGUUUAAUUUAAAGUAGCAUAGACUACACCUGCGCUCUUUAAUGGUUCUUUGGGCUUUGAAAGGAUACCUGCGCUGCUACAGUCACAUUCACAGACUGUGCACACACGGGGACGACACACACACGCACACACCAAAGGAUUUUAACACCUCCUAUUUGACUGUGUGCGGCAGCAGAGCUGUUACCUAGUUACAAGCUAGAGACCGUGCGACCUGCGCUGCUGAUAAUGUUGCGGUGGGGACUGAGUGCAUCAGUCAGUCCGGAGCAGACGAAGGGAGAAGAGAGACGGAGGCGCACGGAGGAGCGCAGCGGGCUGCUUCUCUGCUGGAGAUGACACUGGAACUCAUCCCGACGGAAGACCGGCAAAGUGCAGCGGCUCUUCUCGCGUUGUUUCACCGAUAAAUCCAGCAAAGCCCUGGUAAAGGUCGGGUCCUGAAGGUGCGGAGAAGUCUCAGCUUUAAGGGCAGGCAGCAGCGGAGGAAUGCGGAAGCUGAUUUCAGUUUUGGUGAUCUCGGGAACUUGUCUCCGUGGAUGAUUUGGUCCUGUUGUCUUCAUUAACCAAUGACCUCUAUUUCGCUCGGGGCUGUAAUAGAAGUCUUAAUGCAGAGCAGAUGGGUGGGAGCUGAGAUCACAGAAGGACAAAGCAACAUGGGUGACGCGUCGUAUUCCGGCCUGGAGAUGACGGCUGAGAUGUGGGAGAACGGCAGCUUUGCAAGCCCCUCGCCGGGUCUCCCACUGUUUCCGCUCAUGUUCAACGACAGCGAUCUGAACGACACGCUGUUUAACUCCACCAACUCCACCGCCCCUGAUGCCUUCUCGGGUCCCAGCGUGGCAGGGGUCCUCAUCCCACUCAUUUACAUAAUCGUUUGCAUCAUUGGCCUGGGCGGCAACACUUUAGUGAUUCACAUUGUUUUGCACUACUCAAAGAUAGAGUCCGUGACAAACAUCUAUAUUCUCAACCUGGCCAUCGCCGACGAACUCUUCAUGCUCGGCCUGCCUUUCCUGGCGGUGCAGAACACGCUCCAGUCAUGGCCCUUCGGCUCCUUCAUGUGCCGACUGGUCAUGACUGUCGACUCCAUCAACCAGUUCACCAGCAUCUUCUGCCUGACCGUAAUGAGCAUCGAUCGCUACCUCGCCGUGGUCCACCCCAUUCGGUCUUCUAAGUGGCGACGCCCUCAGGUGGCCAAAGUGGUGAAUGGCACAGUGUGGGCACUGUCAUUCCUUGUUGUUCUGCCAGUGGUCAUCUUUGCUAACAUCCAGAAAGCAGGAGGCACCUGUAACAUCGCCUGGCCCCAGCCGGCUAACAUCUGGAGGGCUGCUUUCAUCAUUUACACCUCCACCGUUGGAUUCUUCUGCCCUCUUCUCAUCAUCUGCCUUUGCUACCUGCUCAUCGUCUUCAAGAUCCGCAGCUCGGGGAAGAAAGUCCACGCCACCUCAACCAAGCGGAGGAAGUCGGAGCGGAAAGUGACACGCAUGGUUGUGAUUGUUGUUGCUGUGUUUGUUUUCUGCUGGUUACCUUUCUAUGCCCUCAACAUCAUCAACUUGCUGGUGGCUCUGCCACCAGAGUACCAGGGCCUUUACUAUUUUGUCGUAGUGCUCGGUUAUGCUAACAGCUGCGCCAACCCUAUCGUCUACGGCUUCCUGUCAGACAACUUCAAGAGGGGUUUCCGGAAAGCCCUCUGCCGCUCCACAAGGAAGGUGGAGAACCACGAGCCCCUGGAGCACCAGCAGCAGGACGAGGGCAGGAGGGCGCUCAUGCCCAGAGAGAGCCUGAGACGAGCAAUCAGGGACGAAGAGGACGAUGAUGAAGAGGUGGUUUCAGAAAUGACUGAGAUAUACAGAAUCGCCCAGAAUGGAAACAGCAGCUACCAGCUGCAGAGCUCGCAGCCGUUAUUCUUAGAGAAAGGAGCGACGCCUGGAGUCACAGAGCUGGCGUCCCCAGAUAGGAGGGAUAACACGGGGGAUGCGAAAGGGAAAGAUGCCAACGGGGCCACCCUCACUGUCCCACUGCUUCUCAACGGAACCAAGAGUGGGAGCACUAAAACGCUACCAGAGGAAAACUUGGAACCAAGUGCCUCAUUGGAGAUAAGUUACCUAUAGUGUAAAAUAUGAACUUUAAGUUUAUGGGACCGAUGUGGACUGAGUAUAAUACAGGGUGGCCUGCUUCUAAGCCAAAAAAAAAAACAAAAGCAUAACAACCCAUUAAUGAACACUUGGGUGGGUCUUAACAUUUUUUCAUCAGUGUGCACAUUAAAAAGCAUGUUUAUAAUGUAAAUUCUGU